AUGGAGAACCAGAAGAAUGCUAAAAGGGGUCCUCUCUCCUUCUUGGAUUUGCCUGAAUCGACCUUGGAUUUCAUUCUCAUGCGCCUCUCUCCAAUAGAACUCUACACAUUGUCUCAGGUGUGUACUUAUUUAAGGGAUAAGUGUCAAAGUGAUCAUUAUUGGGAAAAUCACAUUAAACACAAAUGGGGUAGAGUUAUUGGUGAUGCUGCUUAUAAGGAGUGGGAAUUGCAUGUAACAGCUGCAAAAGAAGGGAAUUUCUUGCAUCAACCCACCAAUCAGAAUGGAUCAUUGGGCUCUUUUGUUGGUUCUUGGCCUAAUUUAUAUCUUGGUUCAUACUUGGAUGAUUGCAACGUCCUCAAUGGUCAACGGUCAAACAGGUUCAUGAUGGCUUUGUAUUUCUCUCUUGAGUGUGGUAGGUUCUGGUUUCCUGCUCAGGUCUACAAGGGGUUGAUGAUUCACCAUGCUUUAGUUAGCUAUGACUCUCAAUCUACUACCUUUCAAGCAAGGUAUCAAAGUGGUGGUUGGCGAUUAUUAGGGAAGAAUAUUGAGUGGGAUAUGGUGAGGAUUCCAGCAGUUCAUUCUCCUCCAUUUGUGAUGCACGUCUCUGAUUGUUUGGAUAGCUUGAAACCUGAGGAUCAUAUUGAGGUCCAGUGGAGAGGAAAUACACAAUGUCCUUAUGAUUGGUGGUAUGCUGUUAUAGGUCACUUAGACUCUUGCAAUGGGAAUGAGAAUUAUUGUCAGUGUCAUUGCAGUGAUACAUUGAUUGUGGAGUUCAGGCAAUACGCUGAAGCAUCAAACAUGAGACGAGUAAGGUUAUCAAGAAAGAACUUGGGAGAACAAGGUGUUCAAUUAGGUGGAUACUAUGGAGGAAUUAGAAAGCUUCACAAUGAGGAUGAGAUUCAAACAUGGAAGAACCUCUUUUCACGCCAAGUUCAGAUAACUUCUAACAAUCUUAAUGAAUUCUGA